AUGGUAAGAUUAAAAACAAAUAAGAAGGCAUUUUACGUUUUUGUGAGCGUGUCGAGUCUUUUUGGUUAUUUUUUAAAAGGACAUAAAGAGGAUGUAAAUAAUUAUGAGACUUUAAUAAAUAAUAACGACAUAGAUAAGAUUAAAAAAAUAAGAAUUCAUAAUAAAUGUUCUUAUAUACCUUUAUUAUUUCUUAAUAUUUAUGAUAGUUAUAUAUAUAAGAAUAAAAUAUUACGAUGGUUAUAUUUUAAGUGUAGAAAAAGAAGAAAAGAUAAAGAAGAAUAUUAUUAUAUAACUGAUAUGAUAAGAAAAAAAAGAAGAGAACAAAUAAAAUAUAAUUUUAUAUCUGAUGAACAAAAUUUAUUUAAUAAAUUAUAUAUAUAUGAAAUUGUUUUAGAAUAUAGUUUAAAGUAUGGAAUAUUAUCACCACAUUUAAGUUUAUAUAUAUUAAAAAAUAUUUCAGAAUAUUGUGUUAAUUUAUAUCCUUCUUUAUAUGAUACAAAUAAAGAAAGAGAUAUUUAUAAUAAUUUUUUAAAUAAAAAAAAAUUAACAUAUUCUAAACAAAUAAAUAAUGAACACAAUUAUCAAGUAUCAAAAUAUAAUACAGACAAUAAAAAUAAUAUACAUAAUAAUAAUAAUAUACAUAUACAUAUACAUAAUAAUAAUAAUAAUAAUAAUAAUAACCAAUUAAAUGUAAAUAUGUAUUAUAAUUAUAAUAAUACAUUUAUAUCUUCUCAUUCUCUAUAUAAUAAUAUGGAAACAAAAAAUAUAAAUAUUUUUAAUAAAUAUAAUAUACAUAAUUUUUAUUCAGAAAAAUAUACUUGUUAUAAAAACAACAAAAAUGAUCAACAUAUUACUUUGAAUAUGAUUUAUCUUCUCAAUCAAGCAUAUGAUAAUAUAUCUCGUAUUUGUUUAAACACAAACACUAAUAUAUAUAUAAAUUUUUAUAUGAUAAAUAUUUUAAAAUAUAUAUGCUUUUAUAAUAUAGAAGAUAUUCUUUUAAACUACAAUCACAUAGAACACAUAAAAAAAAAAAUGAAUGAACAAAAUAAUACUAAUAUAUCAUUCUUUAAAUUUUUAUAUUCAUUUUUCUUUUUUAAAAAAAAAGAAAAACAUAUAUAUCAUCUAGUACAUCAUAAAAUUCAUAAGAAUCAAAAAAAAGAAAACCAGGAGUUCUAUAAUAAUUAUUCAAACCAAAAUAGACAUAAUAAUAUAAACACUCAUAUGUCAGAUAAUUAUUUAUUUGAUCAUAUAAAUAAUUAUAGAAAUGGUUACUCCUUUAAGAAUUCAAAAAAAAAGAAUACAAACAAAAAUGAAAAUAAUAAUAAUAAAAAAAAUGACAAUAAUAAUAAUAAAAAAAAUGACAAUAAUAAUAAUAAUAAAAAAAAUGACAAUAAUAAUAAUAAUAAUAAAAAAAAUGACAAUAAUAAUAAUAAUAAAAAAGAUAUAUUAAAAAAGAUAUAUUUUUUAAAAGGUUACAAAUUAGACGACAUACAGAUUUUAAACGAGUUAUAUAUCAUGAUAUAUAUGCGCUUACUAUUUGAAUGUUCUUUAAAAUUAAUUAGUAUUAAAAAAAAUAUCCACUUGUUAGAAAAAAAAAUGCAGUUUGAUAAAGAAAAUAAAAUAAUAUAUUUGAAUUCAGCUGACUGUAUGAAUAACUUAAGAACAAAUUUUUUAAAACGAUUUAAUAAAUAUGAAGAAAGAGAAAAAAAAAAAAUUGAUGAUCCUUCUAAGAUAUAUACUACUAACAUUUCUGAUUACUUCAAAGGAGAAAAAAAAAAAGAUAAAAAUGAAGAUAAUAUAAUAAAUAUAUGUUACAUAAAAAAAAAAAUAUCUUCUUUUAUUUUUUAUUUAAAAAAUAUAAUAAUCAAUAAAGAUACUUCUUUUAUAGAAAAUAAUAAUAUUGUAAAUGAUAAUAUCAAAAAAAAUAACUUUUUAAAAUCUUUCAUGUCUUAUUUAUAUAUAAAAGAUAUAUACGAAUAUAAUUAUGAGCUAAGAUUAUAUUAUAUGUAUAGUAAUCUUAGAAAACUGUUUUUAAAAUAUGUUAUAAAAAUGAAUGAACAUAUAGAUAUAAAAUUAUAUAAAAUAAAAAGAGCAUUAAAUUAUUAUAUAUAUAACUUUGAUCAAUUUCUUAUAAAUAAUUAUUAUCAUUUAAUACACCAAAAAAAUAUACAUAAAAUUAAUAUUCAUUUGAAAUAUUGUAAAGAUAAAGAUAUAGAUAUUUUAAAAUUUAAUGAUUUAUAUUACUUUAUGAUUAAUAAUAUAAAUAAUAUAUUUUCAUACAUACAAAAAAUGGACCAUAAAAAAUGUGUAUACAAAAUAUUUAAAACUUAUAAUAAAAUAUUAUUAUAUCAAUAUAAUUAUUUAAAUGAAAAAGAAAAUAUGUACUACAAAAAUAAAAUAAAAAAAUAUCUAAUAUGUUUAAAUAAUAAUAUUUGUAAUGAUUUAAAUGAAUAUAAUAAAUCUUAUGACAAUAUAAAAAAUUUCUCACAUAUUUUUUUUUAUACCCUAAAAAAUGAUAUAAAUCUUUUAUUAUUUUUAUAUACACAACGUAUUCAAAAUUGUUGUGAUAUAUUCUGUUAUAUAUAUAAAAAAUAUAAUUUUAUUCAAACCCCUUUUUUAAAUUAUUUAUUUUAUGAAUUACGUUAUAUUGUUUAUUCUCAAAAAAAUAAAAAAAAAUUUUUUUUUUUUUUUUUUAUUACUCCUUCUGCAUAUAGUUAUGAUAAUAUAGUCAAUUCUUUUAAUUUUUCUUAUUUUUUUUUUUCUUUAUCGUAUUUACUUUUCAUUUUGUUCUAUCACCCUAACAUGUAUACAUCCUUUUUAUUUUUUAAAACACUUAUAUAUUCGGGCAUCCCUACUUAUUAUUAUAACUUAUAUAAUAAUAUUAUAGCAGUGAUGGAUAAGCAAACGUGA